AUGACCUUAUCUAUCAUCCAACCAGCACCUGUUGCUCCAGUUACUAAUGCUGCCGUAAACCCUGUCCUCACCCCUAGAGAGAUUUUCUUGGCUCACUUUAGACUGUAUCCCAUUAUCAGUUCUACAAGAGAAGCCAUCUAUGCGGUUCCAAUUACCAAUAGACUUGCAGGCAUUGCUACUCCUGUACUUCUCGCCGUAAGAGAAACUCAACCUAUUAAGGCUGUGAUGGACAGAGGUGAUUUGAUUGGUGAUUACACUCUUUCUCAAAUUGAUAUUAUUUUCCCAACCUUGACAACCUUAGAAGUCCAUGAUUUGACGGAUCCUGUCACCGUUCCUAUCAAUGGUGCAUUCAAGGCUCUCUUUGAUUCGGUUAAUACUCUUAACACAAGUUUAGGUAAGUUAUGUGUUGAACCAUUUGCAUCAGUGAUUCAUGGAUUAAGUGCUCAAUUCAAUGCACUUGUUCAUGAUGCUAAUGGUAAAGGUAUUGUUUCAUCUCAAUUUGAUCCAAUUUUCUUGUUGAUUAACAACAAUUUGGAAGCUCUUACUGAUCGUUGUGAUAUUAAAACUGUUCCAGAAGAAGGUCUGACUAGUGAGAUGUCUCGUACAAGACAAAUCAUUUGUAACACCUUGGCGGGAAUUAAGAAUGAUCCAAUUGUUGUUGCAGAAGCUGGUGUUGAAACUGAAAUUCCAGCUUCUGUUCCUGAACCAGUUCCUGAAUCAAGUGUCUAA